AUGCCUGAGUGUGGUCGUGUGCUCUCUCUCUUUCUCUCUCUCUCUCUCUCUCUCUCUCUCUCUCUCUCUCUCUCUCUCUCUCUCUCUCAUAUUUCUCUCUCCUGUUUUACUGUCGGGAUUGAUCCGAGCGCCUUUGAACGUGGCAUGCCUGGGCUGAUCUGCAUCGGUGGAACCAAUGGCCAGCCAGACCCGGUAAGGCGUGCCGAUCGCUCGGCCGCUCAAGCACAUUUGCUUGUUCCAUUCGACCUGAGCUACGCACGCACAGCGCACGCACGCACGUACAUACUCUACACAACAAGCCGUGCGGGUGUCCGUGACACCAUGGAGCGCCGCGGCACACGAGUGGCUCGUCGUGAGGGCGAUAACAUCUUGGCCGUGCCUCGGCGACCGAGCCGCGUCACGACAGAUGACCCGGACCCGGACAUCCGACUCUCCUUCAUCGCCUACGAUCGAGAAGCGCCCGUCGUAGCGCUGGAGCGGCGCUCCAACAAGGGUUUGUUUGGAACAGCCGCCGGCGUGCUCAAGGCAACAACUGGACGCGAACACAUGCAGAAGCCCAGCGACGCUGCUGCCCUCGAGGCGUACGAACGCGCGCGACGCCUCGCCAAGGAUCAAGCUCGAGCUUAUGGCAAGAUUAGCCGCCAGGUCAAGGUCUCACCCAACCCAGUGCAUCUCGACGAGCUUUCCCCUCAAGUCCGCUCCGGGGAUCGCCUACUGGCACCCCGCAGUCCCAAAGACCGUGUCCGCGCCGAUGGUAUCCUCCAUUCCGCUGCUAGCGCCGACAACCUGGCAGAUCUCGUCGUCACAUCCGCUGUUCUGGACGAGACCAGCGACGAGGCGGCGCAGGCUGGUGCCCAGCGGUUUGCUGCCGGUGAUCUCCCGCUCGUGCAGUUCUUUCCCCUUUGGCUCUGCCCUUUUGAACUUCCCAGUAAGCAAGAGAAGAAGCGCCAGCAGCUGAUCGAUAGCCUGCACCACCAGUGCCACAAUCUACACCGCGCCACCCAACGCAUCGUUGGCAAGACCGAGGCGGUGAUCAAAAAGGACAUGGCUGCCUUUGAGAAGACGGAAACGGCCGCAAUGCAGCGCAGCGUCAAAGCCGAGACAAAAGCCGUUUUACAGAACGUAACGGACUCGACGCAACGGAAGCUGCUUAAAAAUCAGAUCCAAGAGCGUGCCACUGACCGACUGCGGGUGCAUCUCAAGCAACGGCAGCAAAUGCACCAGCGACGAUUGCUGGACUUGCUGGCAACGCGCGUACAUCUCAUGCAUGAGGUCCAGCUUCAACAGCUCAAGAGCCUUCGCGAAUUUGAUACCAACGCGUUUCAAGAUGCGCGCCAAAGCACAGGCAAGGCCGUCGAUAAAACGCUCAAAGAGGCCACCAAGACCUUCACCAAGACCUCUCAAGAAGCACGCGCUGCCAAGGGUGCUGCUAAAGAGCAGUUGCGGCAAGAGCUCGUGAUUGAGGCUACCGAUCAUAAGGUCGUGGUCGCUCGUACCCUUGAUGCGCAAGAGAGCACCUUGCGCGAAAGCUACCAGCAGCUGGCGCACGCGAUGGACCGCUUCUACGAUUUGCAGUUGGCCGACAUUGCCAGCAUCGCCCGUGCUGCUGUUCCACAGCACUCUAGCGCAUGA